AUGGCUUUCUUUGAAAGGGUUGCACCACUUCUCUCUACGGAUCAUCUCGUCUCCGGGACAGGGAGCUCUGGUUCUGAGCUUGCCGUCCCAAAUGAUGACCAGCCAGUCGCCAAUACGCAGAGCAUUGAAGAUACAGACGAAUGGGUCCUUCCCGAGAACGGCGUGUGCGACUUUCUUCCUAUCCAGCAACUCUCCAGGAUCCAAGUCCUCUUUAGCAACGAUACACAUCGCCUCUUCCGGGCCAUAUGGCGCCAGCCCGAGGACCAGGCCGACCUAAGUCUCACUUGGGGCGAGGCCAAAGGCGCUGGCAUCGUCGUCUGGAGCUACUUUGUUAGCAAGACGAAGUACGUCAUAAUGGGCAAUGGCGAAAUUGUCAGAAGCAAGCCCAAGGGCACCAAGUUUGACCAAACAACCGGCCGCGUCAAGUAUCGCCAUCUUGUGCCGAACGACAGAACCAUGGACCGAGAAAUGCAUAAUGAGAUUGGGCGCAACAUCAAGAAAGCCUGCAGCGAGGCGUCGGGACGAUUUCGUGCCCUGGGCUUCACCAGGGUGGUUGAGGGUGAAUGCAGUUACAAGGAGAUGACAUGGCAGAUCCGCCUGCAGCCUGCCGAUGAUGCCAACACUGAGUUGGCUGCAUUGAUGGAUUGCGUACCGCACUAG